AUGGGAACACAAAACCAGACAUGGUUGAGUGAAUUCAUUCUCCUGGGGGUGUCCAGUGACCAAGGAACACAGAUCUUUCUCUUUGUCCUUUUCCUGACUAUGUACCUGUUGACUGUGUUGGGAAAUAUUCUCAUAGUCAUUCUGAUUCGGCUAGAUACUCGGCUCCACACCCCCAUGUACUUCUUCCUCACCAACCUCAACCUUGUCGAUGUCUCUUAUGCCACCAGCAUUGUCCCCCAAAUGUUGGCACACUUCCUAGAAGAACAGAAAAUAAUUCCAUACGUAAGCUGUGCUGCCCAGCUAUUUUUCUCUCUGGGUCUGGGUGGGAUUGAGUUUCUUUUGUUGGCAGUAAUGGCUUAUGACCGCUAUGUGGCAGUUUGCAAUCCAUUGCGCUAUUCAGCUAUCAUGAAUGCAGGACUGUGUGCCAGGCUAGUGGCUGCCUCUUGGGCUAGUGGUUCCUUGAACUCUCUUAUGCAGACAGCCAUCACUUUUCAGCUGCCUAUGUGUACAAACAAUAUCAUUGACCACAUAUCAUGUGAAAUCCUAGCCUUGGUCAGGUUGGCCUGUGUGGACACAUCUUCCAAUGAGGUUGCAAUUAUGGCUUCUAGUAUCAUCCUACUCAUGACCCCAUUCUUGUUGGUUCUCCUGUCCUAUAUCAAGAUCAUCUCUACUAUUCUGAAGAUUCAGUCUACAGAGGGAAGAAAGAAAGCCUUCCAGACUUGCGCCUCCCACUUGACGGUGGUGUCUUUGUGCUAUGGGAUGACCAUUUUCACUUAUAUUCAGCCCCACUCAAGUCCCAAUAUCCUUCAGGAGAAGAUGAUCUCACUGUUCUAUGCCCUUUUAAUACCCAUGCUGAACCCUCUGAUUUACAGUGUGAGGAAUAAGGAAGUAAAGGGAGCCUGGCAGAAACUGUUUGGGCAAUUCUAUGAAUUAAAGUCAAAGCUGACAUCCUCGUGA